CUGCCAGUCUGCCGCAGUUCCCCACCCCACCCGAUCUCACCCCAACCCAGCUCUUCCAGUCUCCUCAGGCCACCGCUCGGCUCCCCUUCCUGGCUUCCUCUCCACCACGGCACUACGAAGAGCCGCCGAGCCAUCGCUCGCACUCCCCAUCGAUCUCAAGCGACCACGCCAACCACAAAUCGUGAUCAUCCCCACCUCGUGUGGCCUCAGCGGGCCGGUCAACCGAUGGGCACCACCGGCCCCAACCUCACCGCUCUUGCAAUUCGCCGCAGCGGCGGGCGCCUGUUCGAGCGGUAGGGGUUUCGCUCACAGUCUUCGUGGGGUGGGAGACUCGGCGCCGCCGGUGCGUGGCGAGGCCUCGGCCUCGAAGGGGUAAGUAAGGGAGGAUGCUGGGGUCGGAGCUGAAUCUCGUCAGUGCCUUGCUCGGCUUCGGCAUGACCGCCGUCUUCAUCUUGUUCGUCUGCGCGCGGUUCAUCUGCUGCCGCGCCCGGCGCGCGGAGGACGGCACGCUGCCGGACUUCGACGCUGACUUCCCCGCGGAUCCCGAGCGCCCGGUAGCGCAUGCUCAUUGUGGGUUAGAACCUCUUGUUUUUGCCGCAAUUCCUACCAUGAAGUAUAACAGCGAGGCUUUCCUUCCAAAAGAUGAUUCCCAGUGCUCCAUAUGUUUAGGUGAAUAUAUCGAGAAAGAGGUUCUAAGGAUCAUACCGACAUGUCGUCAUAACUUCCACCUUGCCUGCUUAGAUGUAUGGUUGCAGAAGCAGACGACUUGCCCAAUAUGCCGGAUCUCAUUGAAAGAGCUGCCUGACAGGAAAGCUGCUGGAACACCCGCAUGUGGCACCCCUCAACUCCCCACCCUCCCUGAGAAUUCUGUUAAUCCAACACCUGAAUGGUUCCUCCCUAUUCAUCAAGAUCACACAGGCCAACAGAAUAAUUCAGCAGAAGUGGUUAUUGAAAUCCGACAGUAGGUAUAUUAGUUUACUUGUGUCUCGCCCUUCUCUGUAUUGAUGCAGCAUAAAAAAUGAGACCAGAAUUGUAUGCAGGGCCAUUUAGGUAUAUAUAGUGUAAACAUUCAUUGUACAUUUCGCAUUGUAGAUUGGCAUGUUGUACUACCGGACAUGAAGGAUGGUGAUGUUCUUUUCUUAUGCUUUGCAUGUCGUAGAAAAUAUACUGGAUGUUGGAUAAGGUCCUGAACUUAUUAGAAGUUACCUAUCUACCUUGCAGUCA